AUGUCGGACCAACCCGUCGUCAAGGCUGAACCCGGUGCGUCGCCGUUGCCCAUGGAUGAAGACGACCUUUACGAGGAUGCUGGCGACCUUGAAUUCUUCGAAUCGACUCCAACGAAUCAGGUUGGCUCACUCUAUUUGGCGCGCGUCCCCAAAGCUCUGUGGAAGUCUUGGUCGGAGCUCGACGAUGAUGCGGAAAUCCAAAUUGGCACAUUGAGGCAGUGGUACGAUUCCGCGCCGGAUGGGACUAUGAAGCCUCGGAUGAAAAUGCUUCUCAACUCCGAUAUCGCGCAACACCAGACUGUCCCCCGAGAGUACAACCUAGACAUCACGUCCGGUGUAGACCACCACUUUGUCUUUACGGAGGAAGACCUACCCGGCUAUAAAGCAAAGUCUAAGGCUCGAACCGACGCUUCCAACAACGGCCUUCCACUACAUAUCCUGAGAGCCCGGGCCGAAAAGGUGGAAAAGCCCAAGUGGGACAAGAACAAGCCCUACUACAGGAAGGCCAUCCCAAAGAAAACGAAAAUCUACGGCAAGAUUGCGUAUGAGCUCAACUGUGCGCCGGUCCAUGCCGAGGAGCAGCGACACCUCCUUCAGGCGCAGACGAGCGAGGCUUUCAGAAGCGGCAAGCUUCAGAUUCUCGACCGCAGAAACGGCCAGAUUCUGCUCACCGGAACAGGUCGCGCCGCCGACUGGGAUUCCAACUUCAUUAAAUCGCAACCUAAGCCGACCAAGGCAAAGAAGGUGGAGAUGAAAACGAUUCGUAUCCCCGAGAGCGAACUCAUGGACAAGAUCAUCCAGUGUUUUAGCAGGUUCCAGUACUGGUCUCUCAAGUCUCUACGCGCUGAGCUCAAGCAACCCGAGGCCUACUUGCGCCAGACCCUUGAGAAAAUUGCCACGCCCGGUGAUGUGGCGCCAGAUGCUGUUGACGGGGAUUCCGAUGUCGAAGACGACGACGAAGUAAAGAUGGAGGAUGCUCUUUAA